AUGGCGCAAAAUUACACAGAAGUGGAAAACAUGACAUUUGGCCAAUUCAGUGCAGAAUUGCUAAUAUUCCAAGAUGUAUUCCAGAAACUGUGGGGUGAGGGUGGUAUCAUCUUUAAAGAUAGACAAUUCUCAAUAAAAUUACGAUGCUUCAUCGCAGAUGCGCCAGCUAGAGCAUUUAUUUUAGGGCAUAAAAGUCAUCGUUCUUCCUGUCCAUGCUCAAAAUGUACAAUUAACGGGUUUGCUAUUGGGAGAUACAUGGUACUUAGAGGUGUUGAGCAUACACAUCGCACAAAUGAAGAGUACAUGCAACAAAUAGAUGAAGAGCAUCAUAAAUGUUCAAGUCCAUUAUGUUACUUACCCUUUGAUAUGGUCAACGAUGUUGUCUUUGAAUAUAUGCAUUUAUGUUGCCUAGGUGUAAUGAAAAAAUUAACUUUGACAUGG